UUUUAACUGCAGAUAAAAAGAAAAAAAUUAUGCAAAUAAUAAUUAAAUUAGCAUUACACCCAUAACUCCUAAUCAUGGAUACAUAGUUUAAGUUUUCUUUCUUUCCUUUUUUUUCAUUACAACCAAAAGAUUCUAAAGGAAAGAUUUUGUGAUAGUUAUCAUGGGACAAAGCUCAUGAGAUGAAUUCUAAUAAAAAAUAAUAAUAAUAAAAAAUCAGGUACAGAUGAGAAGGAUAAUUUAGUACUUGUAUGUGAUAUGUUGACCAAGGGUUUCAUCUCCUCUCUUGAAUUCAUGCCAAACUUCUGAAAGAGAAGUAGAAAUGGCAAGAUCUGCUAUUCUUUUCAGCUUCUGUUCUGUAUUAAUGGCUGCAAUUUUUGCAUACUCUGCAUCUGUCCAGUUAAAUGACCCUGAUUGGUACUUUUGGUUUCCUCUGUAUGCUUGUGCUUCUACUGUUAAUAUGGUGAAUCGGGCAAUCUCCUCUAAAGUAAUAGUAAGGCAAAUUGCAAAGGUAACAUUAUGGCUGGCUAUAGUCCUGUUUUUGAAGGUUGUAAUAGAAGAUUUUAUAAGAGGUAAAGCUGGAUUCUUUUCAUUAAAUUUGAGUGAGAGAAUUGUUAGAGAGAAAACAGGAAGUGGGUUAGUUAUAAUUUCCAUGAUUUUGCAAUUGGAAGCAUCAUCUAAGCCAAGACAUGAAAUGUCACAGAAGGGAAAAAAUAAGAAGGAAAUUCCAAGAUUUGUUGAAUAUGGAAUGGCAAUCUUGGUUAGCUUCAGUUUUGGACUCCCCUUUAUCUUCUUUGUGGUUAGAAAUGGUGAGAUCAAGUUUGAUAAUAACAGUGAUAGGCAUUCCUGAAAAUCCACCUUGAUUUAGUGAUAGUAUCCAUUAAUUAACGAAAUAAAAUGUACUAAUAUAGUUCCACUUUUUCUCCUAUGGAUUAUUUUAAUACCAAUACAAUUAGUUAUAUAAAAUAGCACUGUGACUAAA